GAACCAUCGUUAUCGCUGUUCUCUGUUGUUGUCUUGUUUGGUUAUUUACCUCCGUAUAUCAAAAGUCAUGGAUGUGUUUUUAAUGGUACGGAGGAAGAAGACUACAAUCUUCACAGAUGCUAAGGAGACGACAACCGUACGAGAAUUGAAGAAAAUCAUCCAGGGCAUAAUGAAAGUUGAACCAGAAAAUCAGCAACUAAUGAAUGAACGAGGAACAGAAGUGUUUGAUGAUGAAAAGCAACUGAGUGACUAUAACUUGUCAGCUCAGACAGCUAGGGCACAGAGCCCUGCAACUGUUGCACUAGUGUUUAGGCAGGAGAAUGGCGAGUUUGAGUCAUUAGAUAUUACUCCUCUGUCAUCACCUCCAGAGCUACCUGAAGUAAUGAAGCCCCAAGAACCCCAGGCUCAUGAACUCAAUUGAGACUCGCUGUACUACCACAAAAGACAUCACCUUAUUCACCUAGGGCAGCUAAACUUUUAGCAGCUUUAAAAAGUUUUAAAAUGUAGAGAACAAAUGUUAUGAGGUUCAAAUGUAAUUAACACCAUCUAUGUAAAAAUAUGUGAACGCUUAUGAAAAUAUAAAGUUUUUUUAUACAUCCCAUGUGGACUAAUUAUAAUAUGCCUCUUAUAGGAAAGAAUAAAAUUGUCAAUACCAUAUAGCAUAAUUUAUUAUUUCUUCAAAUGCAAAUUUUUUCUCUCACUUUUUGUUAUAUUGCAGCCUAAAGAAAUGCAUUUGAUCUAAAAAUCUGCCAAUGCUCUUUAAUGGUUGUCACAUUUCCAACCCAUUAAGUUUUGUUUAUUUAAUAGAAGGAAUAACCAAAAAAUAAUAAUUCUUCACAUUACUAUAGCUUUUGACCCAUUUAGUCAUAUUUGGAGCAAUAUUUUCUGUUGACCUGGCGAUGAAAAGGUGGUUAUUACUAGCAUAAGAUAACAUUUGGUUUUUCAUGUUGGACAUGAAUAAAUUUAUAAAUUUUAUGGAACACCAGUUGUUUCUAUAGUGUUUAAAAUUUUAAUUUGUGUAUUAGCAAAUUAAAUUCAUUGCUUCAUCACUGCAGAAAACUUGAAUGGUGAGUUUCAGUAAAGGAUGUUUUGGAAUUUUUGUUUUGAGAAUUUUAACUCACCUACUCUGUGUAGUGAAAAAUAGUUUACCUGUCUUGAAUAUUUUCAAGGUGGGGAAAGUAUGGUAAACAUAAGCAGGUCAGUGGAGCCAUAAUUUGGUUUGUAUUGCUGAAUGUAUUUCAUGGUGUUUGGUUGAACUAGUCUCAUUUACAGUAUAUUCAGCAUACUAAAAUUGUGUUUUUGAUUAGGGUUGUGUUUUGUCAGGAAGCUAUCAGUUGAAGACAAUCCCAGUGAAACUAUAUUGUCUAACACAUGCAGGAAUAUUUCGAAAUCAGGGCACCUGUUAUGGCUCAUCUUAUUCUGCCAAACUUGUAUACAAUAUACAGGGUAAGGAAAAUUUAAGACAUUAAGUCUUGUAAAUUCAGGAAACUAAGAAAUUAAGUUGAUUUACAUCAUGAUGCAUAUGUUAUAUAGUUUGGAUAUUUCCACAUUUUUUUAAUUCUUUAUAUAAGAAAAUAUAAGUGAAAUGAUAGUAACAAACAUACUUUAAUAUUCAUACAUUUGAAGUCUUGAAACACUGGCAGAUGCAGUGAUAAAACUAUGAGUUAGAUAAAUCAAUUCUUGAAAGUAAGGUGUGAUGUAGAGCAGUCUUCUUUUAUGGAAACGCCAUUAGGUUACCAAUGGUGUGAUAGAUCAUAAAGGCCGACAAACUGCCUGCCUAGUUUUUUUUUCCCUUUUUUUUUUUUUUUUUUUAGUCAGCUGGAGACGUGUUUGGUACAUACUAUGUUAUGGAUACUAAAUUAUUAGAUAUUGAGAACAUACAAAUUUUCUUUGUUUUAUUUUUUUGAGUAGGUGUUCUAUAUACGGUGCCAUACCUGUUGGUUGCCCCAGCUAUAAGUGUUCGAUUGUAACUUGAGAUUAUUGAAAAUGUUAAAAUUAAUUUUAGUAGUUAUGUAUUUUCUAAAUAUCUUAUAUGUUAUAAUGUUACUUUUUUCUAAUUAAAUGUAGAGUGAAAAAAGUAUGGUGUGUACGUUAAAAACAAUGAGAAAUGUGUCAAUAAUAUUGUUGGAGACGAUGAGGGAAGGGAAAAAUACCUUAUCAUUGAUUUAAUGUUUUUCAUGGUUUUACCCUUCCUAAGGAAAUUUUUUAUUGUACAGGUGACAUGUCUUUAUAUGCAUGUGUUUCCCACUGAAUACUUAUUUAUUCCAUGGCCAUGUGAAUAUGCCUUGUCAAUGAUUUUAAGUCUUGCAGAAAGACUGAAUGUUUAUCAUAAUUUCAGAAUCCCAUGUAAACAAUAUUCUAUAUAUUUAUCACAGUGUACUACCAUCAUUAUGUACUAGACUGUCCUUUGAAUCAUGCCUGGAGCUUUUCUGAUAGCAUUGCAUCGCAAAUACCACUUAACCAAUGCUACUGUAUUUUGAUAUCUUGAUAAGGUCACAUCAGUUGUCAGUUAUAUCUCCACGAAACUUCAGUAGGUCAUAUGCACUCCAGCUCAGCCAUUGCAUCAAUGACUGAAAUUUUUCGUAUCCAUUAUUUAUUGACAAUGCAGUGUGAAAUAUCACACCAAGAUCUUGGGUUGUCAUAUGUAAAUGAUGCAAAGUGCAUCUAAAAACAUCCAAAAACAAUGGAAAAAGUUCUUUGCUGUUAAUAUGAUAAACAGUUUGUAAUAAAAGAUGUUAAUGCAUAAUUAAAAUGAAUUUUCUUAAGAACAUCAGCUUGUGAUAAAUCUUCCUCAAACUUUCCCCAAUGUCCAUAUUGCCUCUAUCAGAAUUCCCUGUAAGGUAUUUCCCGACUGCACAACUCGUGGGAUACUUGCCUUACCAGUGGAUCUUGCCUCGUGUUUUAAUAUGUAGCUCUGUUAACUUUACAUUGUGUACUGUAAAUGAUAGUGUGUCAUGACCAGUAGUCUUCUGGUAAUGUUAAUAAUUAAUGUGAUAAACUGUAAUGAAGCUUUGCCUGAAUAUAAAUCAUAGUUCAUUCCUUUAUAAUCACCACUGAAUGUCACUGUUGGGAAAAUGAAGCCUCACUUAGAUCGAUAGUAGAGACAGUUAGUGAUUGGCUGUUAUGACCAACUAAUAGUAAUUAAUGUUUUCUGAGGACUUUUAAUUGCUCCUUAUUGGGGAAUUUAAAAUCCCUGAGCAAUCUAGCUAGAUGAUCAUAAUCAUAUGUCAACACCAGUAAAUAAGUCUUUUUUUUCUUUUCUUUUCUUUUUCAUUUAUCCACGAUGUCAAUUUUUAAAUACAGGAAUACAAUUACUUACACACACACUAAUUGGGACUGAAGGUAUAUCAGUAGUUUUUAUUCUUGUUAAAAUUAUUGAACUUCAUUGGGUUUUUAUAACAGAGGGCAACUACUUUACUUAAAAAAAAAUCAGUAUAUCCUACAUGGUAUUAUAUUUAGGAAUAAAUUUUUGUGAAGUAAAAAUAAAUUAUGCUUUGCUCAGGAAAUACCUUUUGCCCUCUUGCCUUGAAUUUGGGGAAUAGCACUUACAAUACAUAAAUGGCUCAGAAUAAUAAGUUCUUGAUAUAACUGGCAUUGUAAUUAGGGUUAGGUAUAACUGGCUAAGUGACUAAUUCUCAAUAUAACUUUAAAAAAUUACCAGGUCUUGGUAUAAUUGGCAAAGUGACAAACUCAAUGUAGCUUUGUCCAAGUCACUACUGUAGCUUUGUUAGUCGCAAGGAGUGGGUCACUUUGUUAACAUAGCUGUGGUUUAUUCACAAUGUUGAGUUACUAGUGUUUGGAAUACCAGUGACUUAUGUGACAGGCUUUUGUAAAAGUGAAAAUGUUUUGGUUAACUGAAAAAGUAAAUUUUAUGUUUACAGUUAAUUUGGACCAAUGAAGAAUUACUUCAGAUCCAGAUACUGUAUCAUGUAUAUGUUGUUUGUAAGUAUUUUCAUUCAGAAAUCCAGUGAAGCUAAUGUUCAAUCCCCUAAUAUUGGAGAAGAGCGUAAGGAUAAUAAACAGCUGAAGAAAUUGAA